GCUGGCGGCCGCCGCCCGCCCCGCCGCCGCCUGGGACCUGUGGGCGCUGCGCUGCGGCUUCUUGGCGGACUGCGAGUCUCGAGUUUGACUUGGCCACGAAUCUGGUGGGGCAGCCUCUGGUGAGGCAGCAGGUGAUGAAGGGCUUGAGGGAGUUCCUGGAGAACCCGAAUCCAGUGAAACCCCUUGUGAUGUCCUUCCACGGCUCGACAGGAACAGGCAAAACCUACGUGAGCUCCAUGCUCAUCCGCUACCUCUUCCAGAGGGGGCUCCAGAGCCCCUAUGUUCACCAAUUCUCCCCCAUAGUGCAUUUCCCCCACGCCGAGCUGAUAGAGCAGUACAAGGAAAGCCUGAAGCGCUGGAUCCAAGGGAACUUGACAAACUGUGGACGGUCAGCGUUUCUCUUUGAUGAGAUGGACAAGAUGCACCCAGGCCUGAUUGAUGUGAUCAUCCCGUUCCUGGGACCCUCAUGGGUUGUGUACGGGACCAACUACCGCAAAGCCAUCUUCAUCUUCAUCAGCAAUGCAGGAGGGGAGCAGAUCAACGACGUGACUUUGGCUCUGUGGCGUGCCCGCAAGGACCGGGAGGAGAUCAGCUUGCAGGACCUGGAGCCAGCCAUCUCCAAGGCCGUGUUUGAAAACCCUCAGAGUGGCUUCUGGAAAUCUGGGAUCAUUAAUGAACAUCUCAUUGAUUUUGUUGUGCCUUUCCUUCCACUGAAGCACCACCACGUAAAGCAGUGUGUCAUCAGUGAGCUUGUGCAGCAAGGCCUCGAGGUACGCCCGGAUGUCGUCCAGGAAGUGGCUGACAGCAUCCCCUACUUCCCAGAAGAAGAGAAAUUAUUCUCAUCAACAGGCUGCAAAACAGUGGCCUCUCGCAUCAGUUUUUUCUUCUAGUCACUGGCAAGGACAUCUCUCAGAUCCAUAUGGAGCUAGAAAGCACUCAGGGCUGGUGGGAUGAGCAAUGGGAAUGGUGGAUCACUCUCCACAGCACAAGCUCAACUCUCUCCAGCCCUAAGGAGUCCGCUGCAGGAUGCAGCUGCAAGACCAGGUGCAAAUUAUGUGAUUUAAAGCACUUUACUGAUUGACUCUUGGCCAGGUAAGGAAUCCACCACCUGAGACAUCUGUGGUGACAUGGGGAAGAUGCUGAGAAUGUCUGCAGUGUCAGGGGAGUUCUCACCUCUCAACAGCUCUCAACCCACCCACAGCUCUCCCCACUUCUGGCAGCUGUUGAUACCCAAUACAUUAAGAUUCUGAGCCCAUAGAAGAAUAUUUCUUCCUUAACAGCAUUUUUUAAAAAACCUUUUUAAGCAUAGCUGUGCCUCAGGUCCUUGGCGCAGCGUGAGUACUGGUGCUGACUCCUGUGAACACCUCAAUAUGGCAACAAAGUUUUCUUUUCAAGGAAGUUUUAUAACCACCUACAUUCCAGUUUCACUAUGAAUAGGUGCUGGUGGGGACCAGCUUCAACACCAAGUUGUAAUGUGGGAGAGAGGACAACACCUGAUCUGCCAUGAGCCAGGCUCCCCUACCACCCCUUCAUCCAUCUUUUCCCUAAGGGCCAAAGGAUUUCCCUAUAGCAAACCAGGAAAACAACAACAGAAGACUCCUUGCUUGUUUUACCCACCAUGAAGAAUUUCAUCCUACCUCCAGGGGAGCCCACAGUGCUGCUAACGGUUUUGAAAAUGCCUUUUAUUCAGUGAUGGUUUCUACAGCAGAGUUGGUGCUAUGAGCUGUGGAGCUUCUUGUACAUCUGCUGGUCAGACCUUGCAGGCUUCUUGUACAUCUGCUGGUCAGACCUUGCAGGCUUUGGCUGUGCCAGCACCCGUUCAGCUUCUGGGGAGUGUCACAGUGGGGGAGCUGGGGACAAGUUAGAGAAGAUUAGUGCUCCAGGCUGCCAAGCAUGGGAUGCACAGCCUGGCUUUUGCCCAGAAUUUAUUAUCCUCUGUGCUGUUACAGAAUCAGGGGUCAGAGGAACCCGAGUCAUUGACUCGCUAGGAACAACCUGCUCAAGGGAUGAGUGUAAGGACACUUUGCAAAGCUUCCAAAGCUCUGCUUGUUCCCUGUAUGGAAAUGAGCUGCCAGUGCUUGGGACUGUUCCACCUCCAGGCCCUGAGCUUUGGGGAUUUUAGGCACCACCCAAAGGCUGCCUGAGAGCAGGUCCAAAGACAGGGGGAAAAAUUCUGCCUCUUCCAAAAAUAUGACGC